GAGAAUGGAAAACAGAAGGCCAAAAAACAUAUAUGUGCACAGGCCGUCCUGGCUGGCUUACAAUGUCUCUUCGUAUUGGGAAGUACAAGAAGACUCUCAAGAACAUCACAAUCAACUUGAUGGAUAUUUUAGAUGUAGACAUUGAGCGAGAGGUUGUCCGGGUGGAACCUUUGGUCUCAAUGGGACAAUUAACAGCACACCUGAAUCGCAUGGGCUGGACUAUUCCAGUGGUACCAGAACUUGAUGAUCUUACAGUAGGUGGUUUGCUCAUGGGGACUGGCAUUGAAUCUUCCUCUCAUAUCUAUGGAUUAUUUCAGCAUAUCUGUGUGGCCUGUGAGCUUGUUCUUGCUGAUGGCAGCCAUGUGAGAUGUAGCCCGGAGGAGAACUCUGAUCUAUUUUAUGCAGUGCCUUGGUCUUGUGGCACAUUAGGCUUUCUGGUUGCAGCAGAAAUAAAAAUGAUCCCAUCUAAAAACUAUCUGAAAUUACAUUAUGAACCUGUGAGAGGGCUGAAAAACAUCUGCAAGAGAUUUGCUGAAGAAUCAGAAAAGAAAGAAAAUCAUUUUGUAGAGGGCAUUGUGUAUUCUUUGGAAGAGGCUGUCAUAAUGACUGGGAUUUUGACCGAUGAAGCUGAGCAAGAAAAGGUCAAUAGAAUUGGGGCAUACUACAAGCCAUGGUUUUUUAAACAUGUGGAAAAUUAUUUGAAAGCUAAUAGCACAGGAACAGAAUAUAUUCCAGCAAGAGAUUAUUAUCAUAGGCAUACAAGGAGCAUUUUCUGGGAGCUCCAGGACAUCAUCCCGUUUGGCAAUCAUCCAAUUUUUCGCUAUCUCUUUGGCUGGAUGGUUCCUCCUAAAAUCUCUCUUUUAAAAUUGACUCAAGGCGAAUCCAUGAGAAAGCUCUAUGAGCAGCACCACGUGAUACAAGACAUGAUGAUCCCCAUGAAGAGCCUUGAACAAUGUAUUCAAACCUUCCACAGUGUCAUUAAAGUCUAUCCUCUGUGGCUGUGUCCAUUCAUCUUGCCCCACAAUCCUGGAAUGGUUCAUCCAAAAGGAGAUGAAGAGGAGCUCUAUGUAGAUGUGGGAGCCUAUGGAAUGCCCCAGACAAAACACUUUGAAGCCAUGGCGUCCACCAGACAAUUAGAAAAGUUUGUAAGGAACGUUCAUGGUUUCCAGAUGUUAUAUGCAGACUGCUAUAUGACCCGCGAGGAAUUCUGGGAAAUGUUUGAUGGCUCCCUCUAUCACAAACUGAGACAAGAGCUUCAGUGUAACAAGGCUUUUCCUGAAGUAUAUGAUAAAGUCUGCAAAGCUGCAAGACAUUAAAUCCAACUCGUCCAUGAAGCAACUGGGAAAAUUUGGGUCUAAAUAAAAACUAUCUCUUCUCUUUUCCAAAACCCCCUUGUUUCUACUUCAGAGGCUCCAUUCCAAAUGUGAAAUUUAGAAGAAAUACUUCUGCCUUUGUAUGAAAUAUAUAACUGGUAGUAUUUGUCUUAAAAAGGUGUAUGCUUCUUUAUCUUCUUUCUAGGAAUUUCCAUUUUUGACCACUGUGGUUUAAUGAUAGCUUAGGUAUAGAUUGAUAUAUUUAGUAGAAGGAGGAAGAGCAAGUUCAGAACUUUAAAAUAGAAGAAUAACCUAUUAUAGAUAAAUGAAUGGGAGAUGUAUGCAAGGUCUGCUGUUACAGAUGUACCAUAGGCUCUUUCUGAGAGUUGUGCCAAAUAAGACUGCCUUUCUAAUGUCACAGUUGCCUAUAUCAGAUAGGUUUCUUUUCCCAGGGUUGAAAAGUCAUAAUUUGCAAUAAAAUCAUAAUUAUAACCUGUCUGAACACUUUG